AUGUCCUAUGUCAACUUUGGAGCAGACCCAAAGAGCGCCACCAAGGCAUGUCCCCAGCCGCCCGUCCGAGCUCCGAGCCAAGGCCCAGACAUCACCCGAAUCAACGUCGAGGGCCUCUUCAAAAACACUUCGUACUGGCACGAGACCGCUCUCCGGCUGAGCAGGGCCGUCCAGAUCCCGACCGUCUCGUACGACGACAUGGUAGCUCUGCCUGCUCCUGGGGAGCCCGAGAACAAGUGGAAGCCCUUUCUGGACUUCCAUGACUUUCUGGAACAAGAGUUUCCCCUGCUCCACAAGUCGCUGAAGCGCGAGGUCGUGAACAAAUAUGCCCUGAUCUAUACCUGGGACGGAACAAACCCCAGCCUCAAGCCCAUUAUGCUCACCGCCCACAUGGACGUUGUGCCGGUGGCCGAAUCCUCGAUCGGCGACUGGCUCCACCCCCCGUUUGCGGGCGUCAUCCAGGGCGGCAAAGUCUGGGGCCGUGGAUCCUACGACAACAAGAACGCCUUGCUGUGUCUCAUGGAAGCUGUCGAGGCGCUGCUGGCGGUCAACUUUCAGCCGACUCGCACGAUCAUCAUGGCCUUUGGAUACGACGAAGAAAUCACACUGCAUGGUGCUCGGAACAUGGGCUAUGUACUGCUGGGCCGGUACGGGCGCGACUCGAUCGAGUUUGUCCUCGACGAAGGCACAACCAUCGGCGAAGCAUUCUCGCGGCCUUUUGGCUUGAUCGCCACGACAGAGCGAGGCCACUCGAACGCCGUCAUCUCUGUGGCCACCGAGGGAGGACACUCUUCGCAGCCCCCACCGCACACCUCAAUCGGUAUCCUCUCCGAAGCCAUUGUGAGACUCGAGGCGCACCCGUACACUCCUCGACUCGAGGACAGCAACCCCUUCGUGGAAUGCCUGCGCUGCUGGGAAAAGUAUGGCACGAUGGAGCACGGGCUCUCGGCUCUGAUCCGCCACAUGGAUCGCCCAUGGGUGCGUGCCAAGCUCGUUGACCAACUGGCCCAGACGAGCGUCGACUGGAGGAACAAAAUGGUGACCAGCCAGGCUGCCGAUGUGAUCUCCGGUGGUACCAAAGUCAAUGCCCUGCCUGAGGAAGCCACGGUGAUGGUCAACUAUCGCAUUGCCAUGAGCGAUAGCGUUUCGGUCGUCGAAGAACACCUCAUCAAGGUGCUUCGACCCGUUGUGACCCACCACAACUUGACGCUUGAGUUCCAGCGCGAGAAUGGCGUCUUCCGAUACCCACUCGAGAACAGCCGAGACAAGUCCUGGUAUGACAUUGCCAAGGCCAAGCGCGUGAUGAAGAUCCGUCUCGAGGCCAACUUUGAGCCCUCGCCGAUCGCCUCGACCCACUCGCUCGGCUAUUCCGUCUUGGGCGGAACCAUGCGGCAUGUCUUUGAUCCCAACCCGGACUCGAACCACUCGUCGCUCAUCAUCGCCCCGACCGUAAACCGAGGCAACACCGACACCCGCCACUACGUUGCCCUUGCUCCCAGCGCAAUCUAUCGCUUCCGCCCCAGUCGCGAGGGCCAGGUCGGAGGAAUGCACAGCGUCAACGAGUUUGUGACGGUCGAGGGGCACGUCGAGGGCAUCCUGUUCUACCAUGAGCUUAUCCGGAACUGGAACGAGGUCUGA